CUCUUUGCCUAGUUGCAAAGACUAUAAAUAGCGUACAGCGGUGUCGUUUUAUGUAAGGUUAAUUGAGUUCAUUUUUAAGAAUGGCCGGUCUUUACUAAUGCCGUCCAAAAUGCAUCUGACUUUGUUACCCGCUAUGUAUGUAUGUCCUUGGAAAAAAGUUUGACUAACAUUUCUACAAGAAGAGGCAGAUUGAGGAGGUCGACAGUGGAAUGGAAUCCUUAACAGCAAGUAGUAAAGACCUUACGCCAGAGAAGAUCCGAAGCGGUUCUGACGAUGAAGAUGAUUUGUCGGAUGAGGAUCUUGAUGAAACUUUGGCUGAACGAUUGAUGGGCCUAGGUGAAAUGUUUCCAGAGAGUGUUCGUAAUAUUACAUACUCUCUGGUCACUGGGACCUAUCAGGGAAUAAAAGGUCUUUACAGCUUUGGGCGAGUUGCAACAUGGCUGUUCUUCAGUUCCUCAGUAAUCCUGUUUGCUCCUGUCAUUUUUGAAGUUGAAAGAGCUCAAAUGCAAGAAAUGCAGCGUAGCCAACAAAAGCAGGUAUUACUUGGGCCAAACUCGGCUGUAUCAGGAACCAUGGGUUUAUUGCCACCAGUGCCACGAUAAUGAUAACCUAAUUGAACACUUCUGGGAAAGACAUCAGUAACGAGGCAGUACAAUGAGCCACUGUGUCAACAAGACAGAAGUUGUUAAAUUUCUGUAGUAUCCCAAGUUGUACAUUUGCUUGAUGUAUAGUUUUUUACAUUACCGUGUUAAAAUUUUUUAUGUGUAACAACACGCACUGUCUCAUACUGAGAACUUUUGUAAAUUUAUUUCUUGGUAUGUUUGAUUGCGUGAUACCUGAAUUUGUUUUAUCAGUAUGUUAAUUUUUUUCUAAGAGUGUUACUCCUCAAUUUAUAAAGUGUUAGAACACUACAGACACAUGACUAUAUGGUCGAAUUUGUAGCAUAGCCAGUAAAAUUAAAAUAGUUGUAUUGAAACAUCUACAUUGGUUCUUGGCAUAUCGCAUCCAAGGUAGUUAAUGAAAUUGGUUGCCAGCGUUAUGGCGAAGGCAAUUUCCCAAUCAGCAUUUUACCUCAUUUGGUAAUCCAAUUGCAGAAUAAAGUAAUUGCAGAGUGACUGAUCACACUGUAUGUUACUAAUAUAUAACCAAUCUAAAAUCAGCUUAAAAAAGUAAAUGUUUGGUGUAUCCAUGUAACAUUUUGUGUUAUUGUAUGCAUGUGAGUGUGUGUGUGUGUGUGCGCCAUAUCACGAACUUUGAUGUCAGUAUGUCAGAUAAAGAUAAUUUACAAAAAAACUGGAGUGUUCUGGAAUUAACAGAAUGUUUUCAGAAACAACCUAAAAUAUUGUGUAACUUAAAAUCCCCACCAUGUAGAGAAAAUGUUAUUUCCUUAUCAAUAUUAUGUAAAUGAUAUAUUAAAUUACAUAAACAGAUGUCAUUAAACAUUCUGUUCACUUUGUACAAGUUAAUAAAACUGUUUCCAGUGUUGGAGUA